CGAGUCACCACUUGUGUGGAGUCCUGGGAGGAGAUUGAUACCUACGAUGAACAAGUCGAAGGAGUGGAUCGAGGUUCAGUUGAACCUACGGCAACAGUUGACUACUUUGAUUCGCACCGAGUGAGUGGAAUUCCACGACUGGAAUUAGAAAAGCCGGAUUUGAUGGCCGAACACCCUGUCACUGACACGGAGGAUGAUCAGGGUGAAGUUGAAUACACCGCCAUUCCCCCAUCACCCAUGUUCUCCCGCGCCGUCUCGCAGCAGGUCAUAGAGGAAGGACGCGUUGAGCAGGUGGAGGCUGAUCGAACCAAUCAGAAAGCGGUCCUGCGGAAACAACUGUCCAAUGACAAUGCGGCUUUUGUAAGGGGCGUCAGCACAAGGCUUUCAGACAAGCACUCUGUUGUCUCAGGUAGGCAUUUUCAAAACUGUCGUAACAAGACAAAAAUUGGUUGA